AUGAGGAAUCGGCCGUCGCUUCCGGCUCUCAUUGCUCUCGCCAUUCUUGUAGACAGCUACUGCUGGGUGGCGACCUCGGCCGCCUCGCCGGCGGUGGAAGAUGAGCUGCGCGGUGGAGCCGGCGGUCGGACGAUGCGGCGGCGCGCGGCGUCGGUGAUGGUGCCCAUCACCAUCCUCAAGUCCGCAGUCAGCGACGGAGCUGUGUGCAUGGAUGGAACGCCACCUGCUUACAACUUGGAUCCUGGCUCCGGGGCGGGAAGCAAAAGCUGGAUUGUGAACUUAGAGGGAGGUGCAUGGUGCAACAGCGCCAAGACAUGCCAGCUUACCAAGAGCUCCGGGCGUGGCUCGUCGGACCACAUGGAUAAAGAGAUCCCAUUCACCGGCAUCAUGAGCAGCAGCAGCGCCGUCAAUCCUGAUUUCUACAAUUGGAACCGAGUAAAGAUUCGCUACUGCGACGGUGGAUCUUUUGCCGGCGAGGCCUAUGAUAAGGACACUGGGAUUUAUUUCCGAGGGCAGCGCAUCUGGAACGCGGUCAUCCGGCACCUCCUCUCCAUUGGGAUGGCCUCUGCUGAUCAGGUACUGCUCACCGGCUGCUCCUCGGGGGGUCUGGCGGUGAUCCUGCACUGCGACCAGUUACGCGCCUUCUUCCCGUCCGGCACCGCCGUCGUCAAGUGCAUCUCCGACGGCGGCCUCUACCUCGACGCCGUGGAUGUCUCCGGGGGCCGCAGCCUGAGAUCCUACUUCGGCGACAUCGUGGCCAUGCAAGGAAUAGCUCAGAACCUGCCGCCGGCUUGCACCGCCCGUCUCGACGCCACCUCGUGCUUCUUCCCACAAAACAUAAUCGACGGCAUUAAGACGCCACUGUUCCUGCUAAAUGCCGCAUACGACUUCAUUCAGAUUGUGCUCAGCCUGGCGCCAGACAGAGCUGACCCAAGCGGCGCUUGGCGAGCCUGCAAGUCCAACCGCACGGCCUGCAGUGCAUCCCAGAUGAGUUUCCUGCAAGAUUUCAGGGACCAGAUGGUAGCAUCCGUCAAAGGCUUCUCCAGUUCCAGGGGCAACGGGCUCUUCAUAAGCUCCUGCUUCGCGCACUGCCAGUCCGAGCAGCUGGGCACCUGGAACACCAAACCAGGUGGCUCCCCAACCAUUCAAAACAAGGGGAUUGCGAAAUCCGUUGGUGACUGGUACUUCGAUAGAGCUGAAGUGAAGGCGAUCGACUGCCGCUAUCCCUGUGACAACACUUGCCACCAUAUCAUAUGA